CGAGUCCGGAUUUUUGAAAAUUCCAGAUAUUCAGUUGACUUUAUAUGCUAUAUACAUGGUAAAGGCAAAGCAAGUAUUUUAGCAUCAGGCUGUUAUUUGAAAAAAAAAAAAAAAAAAUCCAAAUUCUGCACUUCUAAUAUUUGCUAAAUGGAAUAGAAGACAUGGAAUCUCUUGGACCAGCUCAGAAUAAACAGCCCAUUUUAGUGCUUGCCAUGGCUUCCAUUCCUGUCACUUCUUUUAGUGCUUCAAAAAUACAUGAUCAUGUAAAGUCUAAAAAUAAAUUUGAUGGAACAUCAGAUGGAGAAACACCUGGAAAGAUGUUUCGCUACAACUUAUUUGGUAUGGAUAAUGUGUUACCAAACUAUAACAGCAAAUUAAUGAAUAGCAUUUGGGGUCAAUACAAUCUGUAUGCCUCUCAUGCAUUCCAGAAGAAUAAUGAGGGUUCAUAUUCAGGCUCUGCUUUUCUGGGCAUCCCACAGGUCAAGAACCUGUGGGAUAGCCUCCAUUCACAUCAGUAAUUCAUGUAAGCAUUCCAUAUAAUUCUGCAAAGGAUAUAUAUUUCUUUCUUAUGUUUAUUUUAUUGUUGUAGAGAUGCAUAUGUUUGAAUAAUAAUAAAAAAAAAAGAAUAGUUAUUGCCAAAGUAUUAUGUUAAUUAGUUUUUAUAUUCUAUGACUUUUUGUCAAUAAAUUUAAUAAUAUUUCAUUUGAACACUCUGAGUAGCAGCCUAGCAAUUUUCAUAGCAUGCAGAUGAUAAGAAUGAUUUUCUAAUUUAUUAUAAAAAAAAGAGAGAGAAAGAUGAUAUUACAUGAUUAGCAUCAAUUAGAAGUUAAAAUACUACUAUUAAAAAUAGUUGAAAUCAAUUAGUAAUAAUUUUUCACGAGUUCUAUGUGAGCAUUUUACUUUUUAUUAAAUUUCACUUGAUGCUACCUAAUUUAGCUACAUUUUCUAAUAAUUAAAAAUAAUUACUGCUUCUUUUUGAACACAAGUACUUAUUAUUCUGAAUGCUUGAUAAUUUUUAAUAAACAGUGCUGCAUAUAACAUGUAUUACAUGGCUAUGAUCUGCAUGUCAGGUAAGUCACAAAACAGAAAAUUUAGUUGUAAUGACUUUUUAGGAAAAAUAUUACAUAAAAAAUGUAUUAAUUUCAAGUAUACAAAUUCAUAUGAAUAAGAAUAUUCAGGAAAUACUUUCUGAAUACUUUGCUUGAGGCAUUUAAAUGCAUCUCUUUUGUUAUCAUUUACACACACUUAAUAAUGAAGAGCUUAUUAUUAAAUACAUAGCUAGCUUAUGUGUGUUCAGAGUUACAUAGCCAUGUAUAUAUGCAUGCAAAUAUUUAAAAUUUGACUACAAUAAAUCAGCUUUUAUUUUGUGCAAUACAUUUCUGUUAAAAUGUUUUUAAUAUUAAAAUGUUUGAGGUUUACACAUGUGCAGUAUUAACUGUACAUCAAAAAUAUUAAAUUUACAAAAUACAAUAAUGCCUCUCUUAACAAACGUGCUUCAUUCCAGGAUGCUAAUACUAUUCAUCACGUUAGGGAAUAAUUUCAUAAGCCUGCCCAAAAUCUCAGAAAGGUGUAAAAACAGUUAAGGCCAUAUUAAAAACACUAGAAAUGCUAUGAAUUUACUAGUAGAAGUAAAAAAAAUAUGUAACAUAUGUACUCAGCUGCCUUUGGACCAAGGCUUCUUACGUUCUGUCACUUUUGCACCACCAAUAGCUUAGAGGUUAAGACAGUUAAAUGCUAGGAGUUCAGAUGAAUGAUCUGUCUACAUGGUUGUUUUUUGUGAUUUUCUCUCAUGUGUUACAUAAAGACAAGCCAGUUUCCGAGAAAGUCCUCCACGAAGGCAUCCCUCCCCCCUAAAAUAGUCUCAUGUUCUCUUGCUUCCUCAGGAUGGUUCUGAAACAAUGCCUAGCAUUUUUAUUGAACAGAUCUGCUAACUGUAUUCACCUUAUUUUAUUGGGAUGUCAUUGCUCUUUUGUGGUCUGAAACCUCUUUUAAAUUGGUGGUUGCAGUAGUCAUGAACCUUUUGUGUUCCCUUCUUCCCGAUAAGAAAUUUCUUUCUGGGGCUUCUUUUGUUCUUGCAGGAGUAUGCUUUCCUUUUCUGUAGUAGAAAUAGUAUAUUAAAAAAUAUAUUUAUGUGCCCAUUUUUCUGUUUUUAUUUAUGCUCAUACAUAUUUUCUAUACUUUUACACUACUUGAACAGUGCUAAAAAAAGCUUUCAAAUUUAAAUGUACAUAUUAAUAUUGUUUGACAAUGCCCAGAUAUGGUUUAUUAAAGGGGCUUUAUUUUUACCAUUGCAUUUGUUUGUUAUCUGAGUCACACUGUACUUAAUGCAAAAAUAAACGAAUAUGCACUUUAAAUGCAUGAUGUAUUUUUCUGGAAACUAAAUCAAAUCACAGCAUAUACUAGAGAAUUUGAUUGAAUGUAAUAUAAAAUCCAUUUUGGUUAUUAACGAUACUGAAAACAUUUGUUCAUUUAAAAUAACAAUUUGAGAACGAAAUGUUAUGUUGUGGUUUAUACUAAGGAGAAUAAUAAUUUCUCACUUGCAUAACAAUUUACUAUGCAUCUGUAAAGAAAAUUAUAUUUUACUUAAAUCAGACUACAAAUAUUGAUGCCUAGUAAAGCGACUACAUUGUUUGUGACCUUUCAAAGUCUAUUAGACUUAGAAUUUAUUAGAUCCUGAUACACAAUACAUUGUCAAUAUACUUCACAAAAUGAGAGAUACUGGCCUUGUCUCUCUCAAUAACAGUGUCAUUACUAGUACACUAUUUGGCCAUUCUUAGUAAUGUAACAGAUAUCAAAACUGUAUUUCAGCUCUAGCCAAAUCUUAGACAGGCGAUAAGAUAUAAGAUUCUCAAGUUAAUCCAAAAAAAAAAAAAAAAAAUCUCAAUUGGGAGGAUUAGGUAACUGCAAAUGCCAGCCAAGAAAUACUGAAUUCCAUCCAAUCUAUCGUCCGGAUAAUUGUGUAUCCCGUAAAUGACUUGGUUUUCAAAAUGUUGCAGGGCCCUUUACUGCUGAAAUAUGGUAUCUAGAGGAAGUUGAGACAUGACAAAAAGUUCCAGCAAUUUGAGGGACAGGUAACUGUUCAGUGAAGAAUGGGCCAUGAUCUUGUCUUUCCUAAUGCCCGUCCUUACAUUCAGUUUCAUUAACUACAUGUGGGUUUUCACUAGUCUGUAUCUGACAACUGUGCCUUCAUCUUUUCACUAAUAUAAAACAAGCAGCUGUCAGGAGUUCCUCAUCCUCCUCUGUUUGUCAGCAAAAUAAAUGUGCUGUGUAUUUUAAUCUUGUAGAUCUGCAAAAGUAGGCAUUUUUUAUACAUUAUGUACAGUGGAAUAUGGAAUCACAAGUUCUGACAUUUCCUUUUUUAAUGGAUUUUCUUGGACUUCUGGAAGAUUGUGCAAAUUCUCCCCACUUUAUCCUCAGGCAUCUUCCUUUUUGAAUGCAUUCAAUUCAUGCAUGAACACUGCAAGCGGUGUUCCAGGUUGUACUCAUGACAGAACGCACAAAGCACUCGCUUAACAGACUUCAAUUCGACAAAUGAUAAAAUGUGAAACACCUUCUGUUCUGGAGUCCACUAUGCCCACCAUGCACAAGCACAUAACAUUUUUGCAUUUUUGUAAAUAGCAAGUAAUGUGCUAUUAUGCAUGUACAGAUCUAAACUGCUGCAAUUAGUCAUAACCUGUUGUUUAUGUUUCUUUUAUUAUAGCUAUAAGCCAAAGAGGCUAUAUCUAUCAUACAUGGUAUUAAAAGAUGACUAUAGGCUUUGUUUCCUCAAUUUUGAUAUAUAUUGUUAAUUACAACAUUUCUCAAAAUAAAGUAGACUUUUUGAAAAGCAGAUCAAACUGGGAGUAGAAAAAUUUUAUAAGUAUAAAUUUCAGUUUCAAUUAUUUCAAUACAUUAAGCAUAAAAGGUUCCAUAUCUUUGUAUGUAGUAUUUAUGAAGAUAUAAGCAGAAUUUAGUGAUAAAUCAUUUACUGACAUCAGGAUAAAUCUUAAUAUGCUAUACUCUGAUUCAUGGCAAAUUACAAAACUGGCAAUUAAUAAUUCUGUAUUAUAUAAAGCAAAAUUCCUUAUUAAUUUAAUAGUUCACCUAUAAAGCUACAAAUAUCUCUAAUUGAACUUUUUUCUAUACAGAAACCAUAAAAAAAUUAGGUAUUUAUAUUUACAAAACCCUUCUACUACCAAUGCUGAAAUUAUUUUCAUUAAAUUCUCUACCGAAAGAAACUCUCUCGAAGAAACUCUGAUAUAUGUUUGGGCUCAAGGAUAUAAAAUCCAUAGCAUCUUUUUUAAAUAUUCAUUAUACUUAUCUUAACUCCCCCCCAAAAAAGCUGUAAAUGUUAUUGUUAUUAUUAUUUAAUGAGUAUAUAUAUAUUAAUAUUUUAAUCUCAUUAACAGUUCUGAGCCUGUAGCUUCAAACUGAAAUAUAAUAAUUAUCAAUGUUAACAGUUAAUGUGACUGAGUUUAAAACUGGUAAAGUAUAUAUCAAUAACUUCAUUCAAGUUUUGAUUUGCUGCACCAGAAGAGUUAAAACAUAAUGUAGUAUUUGUAAAGAUUGACUAUUUUUUCUAGUUUACAAAUGUUACAUAAAUUAAAACAUGUCAAAUUAUUCUAUAAAUUGAUAUGAUACUAUUAUUUUACUUAACAAUAUUGAAAGUAAUCUCUCUUUAGGUUUGUCUUAGUUGCAGUGUCCGAUAGGAAUUGACACAGCAACUUGUAAAAUUCAACUAAUUUUUAUCACUUUCUUAUUUUGUUAAGAAUAAUUCUGGACAUAUACAUUGUGCUUCUGUUGCUCAAGUUGAUCUGUUCAUGAUAUUAAGUCAUUUGUUGUCUUUCAUUAUCAAUGUAUUUCUUUGUAAUAUCAAGUAUCUUUAUGCAAGAUAAUUAUGUAUACCAGCAAGCAGUUCUUAUAUAAUGAAAUAUAACCAUUUAUAUUUUGUGAUACGUUUUAAUUUUCCUUUUAAAACAAAUAACUAGUUGCUUUUGUUUGAGUUUUUUUUUUAAUAGUAAUAAAACAACUUUGCUUGCAUAUUUAAUUUGUUUGUAAAUUGAAUGUCUGAGAAGUAACUUUUUCAAUAUCUAUUUUAGUGCUGAACUGCAUUUAUUAGAUCUAGUUAUAUUUUUACAUAAUGUCUUAUAUUUAUGAUGAUCUAUUAAAAAUUAUUAUUUGCAA